AUGGGAAAAAAGCAACAUCAAUCCGACAAGCUUUAUAUCACUAACACAGAAUGGACUACAUUGUAUGGUGGAAAGAAAGCUGCUGGUGCUGGGCAGGUCCGCUUUCGUCGCCUACCAUUUAACUGUUGCAGUAUAUCCUUUCAACCAUUUUCUGUGCCCUAUUGUACAAAGGAUGGUGUUGUUUUUGACUUGGAGAAUGUUUUGCCGUUUGUGAAGAAGUAUGGCAUAAAUCCUGUGACGGGAAAGAAAAUGAAAACAAACGAGCUGAUAAAAUUAAACUUCAGUAAAAACUCAGAAGGGAAGUAUCAUUGCCCAAUCACUUUCAAGGUUUUCAACCAGAAUACUCAUAUUGUCGCUGUUAGAACGACAGGAAACGUCUAUGCUUUUGAAGCGGUAGAGCGUCUCAACAUAAAGCCUAAUAACUACUUGGAUCUCCUCACGUCAGAACCUUUCACUAAGCAGGACAUCAUAACAAUUCAGGAUCCAUCAAAGUUGGAUAAAUUUAAUAUCUCUGCUUUUUACCAUGUAAAACAUAAUGUCUCGAAAAAAGGUGGUGAAAAUUUGUCCACUAUUCGAACACUUAACCCAGAAACAAAGGAAACCCUUCCUAAUAAGACUAGCAGCGGGCCUAUACGAGAUGUCUUCAAUACAGCACACUAUUCUACCGGGAAGGCAGCCGCCUCUCUUACGUCAACUGUAAUGGAGCCUACCGUUACUUACCUUGUAGCUAUUCUGGAGGAAGACGUUGUUAGAUAUCGCUAUGUGAAAUCAAAAGGUUUUGUUCGCUUAGUUACUUCGUAUGGGAAUUUAAAUAUGGAACUUCAUUGCGAUCUGGUACCGAAAACUUGUGAAAACUUUAUCAAAUUAUGCGAGUCCGGCGUAUACAAUGAUACAGUUUUUCAUCGCGUUAUCAGGCAUUUCAUUAUCCAAGGUGGCGACCCUACGGGAACCGGUCUGGGUGGCGAUUCUGCGUGGGGUGGCAAUUUUGCGGACGAAUUUAACGACACACUGAAGCACGAUAGCCGGGGAACCCUAUCGAUGGCUAAUUCGGGUCCAAACACGAACCGAUCCCAAUUCUUUAUCACCUUUAGGCCUUGUCCUCAGCUAAACAAAAAGCAUACCGUCUUUGGAAAGUUAGUUUUAGCCUCUAAUUACUCAAUCCAUGUAGAGUUGUUGGAGUCGAAUUGGUGGAAACUGAUAAGGAUGACCGAAGAAGUCAAAAUCAUAGCCACCCAGGUUUUCGUGAAUCCCUUUAAAGAAGUUGAUGAAAUGCUGGCUCGUGAACGAGAGGCACUAAAGUUAAGGGAGUCCGCGGCCCUCCUGGAACCAGAGACACCGAAGCCAGGAAACAGACGCGAAGAAGAGGCCAUGGAAGCUGCUAAACGCGCCAGAAAGAGGGGUAAUAAAGAGCUACUCAAUAAGAAACGCAAGACCGUCUUGAAGUCUACAUUAUCGGAUUUCAGUGCAUGGUAA